AUGGUCAAGCCGCUGAGCUUCAAAGGCGACAAGAAGCCGCGGAAGCGCAAGCGCGCCGCGGCAGCCGACAGGGGCGGCGACGACCCCGGCAGCGACGACGACGCCCACGACGACAGCUGGGUGUGCGCCGACGCGGCCGCCGACGUCGUCGGCCCCGUCAUGCUCGUCCUGCCGACGGACAAGCCCUCGGCGCUGGCGUGCGACGCCAACGGCAACGUCUUCGCCCUGCCGGUCGAGAACAUUGUCGACGGGAACCCCGCGAGCGCCGAGCCCCACGACGUGCGCAUGGUCUGGGUCGCCAACAAGGCCGCCGGGACGGACAGCACCCGCUUCAAGGGCCACCACGGCAAGUACCUGGCCUGCGACAAGGCGGGCUUGCUGUCGGCGACGUCGGAAGCCGUCUCGCCGGCCGAGUGCUUCGCCGUCGUGGUCGUGGCCGCGGCGGACGGGGCGCCCGGCGGAGGAGGAGGCGCGUUCGGCCUGCAGACGCUGCGGGGCAGCUACGUGGCGGCCAGGACGGCGCGGAAGCCGUCCGCUGCCCCGGCGGAGGUGCGCGGCGACGAGGAGGACGGCGCGGCGGCGAGCGCGGCGCUCAGGAUCCGCAUGCAGGCGCGCUUCAAGCCGCGGCUGAAGGCGUCGAGGGAGGAAAAGGCGCUGGCGAGGAUAAGCCGUCGCGAGCUGGAGGCGGCCGCGGGGCGGAGGCUGGGCGAGGACGAGGUGCGCGUCUUGAAGCGCGCCAGGAGGGAGGGCGACUACCACGAGAAGCUGCUCGACUUCAAGGUCAAGAACCGCCAUGACAAGUUUGGUUGA